AUGGCUAGCAAGGAAACAGACACUGGAGUUGUAGACCCACCAAGAGAGAUUGUUGAGUCGGAAUCGGAAUUGCAAGAGGAGGUCCGGAGGUUGAAGCACCAGAUGGCGGAAAUGUAUCAGGCCUGGAUUAAGGGACACCCUCCACCCUCAUUCCCUACCAACUAUACAGAAAACCCUGCUUCCAUUCCACCACUCUCUCAAUCUCAUAUGCCCAAUACCAUUGAUCUUUCCCCACAACACGUCCCUGGCUUUACCCCUUACCACAACUACCCCGGCACUUCAGCCCAAACUGUUCAUGCUCUGCCAGCCAAACAACCUCGUACCCUGCUCCGACAUCUGCUCCUAUUUUUGUACCCCCUCCACAAGCUACCCUCCACUGAUCCUCUAUCAUAUGCUCAACCCCCUUCUUACCUGCAAUGGCGUGCCCCAUUCCCACAGAAUACACACCCAGCUCCACAAAAUGCCUAUCCACCUCCACAACCUUACCAAAACCCCAAUGGUUCAAAUUUUCGAUCAAGGCCAGAGUAUAGAAGAGAGAGGCAGAAGCGAAAACAAACUUUUACCCCAUUUGGAGAGUCCUAUGCUAAACAUGACACAGAGAAGUACUGGCAUUUGAAAAGGGCAAUCCAGGAGCUCAUUGAUACAAACCAAAUUGUAGUCCAAAGCCUAGACGCGCCAAACAUCAAUCAAAACCCUUUGUCAGCCCAUGAAGAGACACAUAUGAUUGAAAUAGUUCACAAGGAUGGGGAGCCCAAGAAGUCUUCUAAGUCCAUCAUGAUGAUUCGGGCCAGUGAAAGUAAUUUGGUUAAAGCUCCAGACUCUACCAAAGCAAAGCCCUUGAUAGUUGAAGGGGCAACAGAAAAGCCGAGCUCGCUCAAUCUGAAGCCACCGGUGUUGGUCGUGAAAGGGCAUUCAAAAGAUAUUGGGGCAAGUCCGGAAAGUUCAAAGGUGGUAGUGCCAGGGAUUCUAAGUAAGCAUGUCCUAGUUGUGAAAGGGGCUCCUAUCACCCCUAUCAUCAUUAAACUAGUGACCCAGCUGCCAGUGAUCGAUACCAAGGUUGUUCCGUGGAACUACAAACAAGUGAUAGUGACAUACAAAGGAAAAGAAGUAGAGGAAGAGGUUAAUGAAACUAGAGGAUUGACUCGUUCUGAGAGAUGUUUCACUCCAGAAGAAUUAACGAAGUCCAAGCCAUUCAAAGAUAGCCAAAUGCCAGUAAAGAAAUCGGUCACCGAGGAAGAGGCUGAGGAGGUCGUGAUGAAGAUUUUGAAUGAGGCACAUGUUCCUGAUAAGAUCACAGUAAAUCACUUGAAUAAAAUAGCUAGCAAGAUCUUCGAAGUAAACAGGAUCACUUUCUCAGACGAUGAACUUCCUAUGGAGGGUACAAAAUGCAAUCGAGCUCUUUAUCUCACGGUGAAGUGCAAAGAUUUUGUUGUCUCAAGAAUUUUUGUUAACAAUGGCUCUAGUGCAAAUAUUUGUCCCCUGUCUACUCUGCAAAAACUGAAGAUUGGCACCGAAAGAAUCCACUUGAACAGUAUGUGUGUUCGAGGCUUUGAUGGGGGAGGUAAAGAUUCUGUUGGAGAUAUAAUGCUCGAAUUGUCGAUAGGUCCAGUUGAGUUUACCAUGGAAUUCCAAGUGUUAGAUGUGGUUGUCUCCUACAAUCUGUUGUUGGGCAGGCCCUGGAUACAUACUGCUGAGGCAGUCCCAUCUUCUCUGUACCAAAUGGUGAAGUUUGAAUGGGACAGGCAGGAAAUAGUUAUGCACGGUGAUGAGGACCUGUCAACUCCUAAUGACACAAUUGUUUCGUUUAUCGAAGCUGAAGAUAAUAAGGGACCUUGGGUCUAUCAGACUUUCGAAACAGUGUCUGUUGAGAAAAUAUCUGAAGGAAAAUGCAUUCCGGGCCCUAAGCUAUCUUCCGCAUCCGUCAUGGUUGCGAAUAAAAUGUUGAAGAAUGGUUUUGUGCCGGGCAAGGGUCUGGGCACAUCUUUACAGGGUAUUGUACAUCCAGUGCACCCCAGUGGGAACCUUGGUACAUUCGGUUUGGGAUUCAUGCCCACAUAG